AUGAUUCUAAAGAAAAAAACACCCCAGAAGGAAAUUAAGAUAAAAAGUCCUGAAAAGGGUCGAAUUUCCAUUGGGUACUCGAAGAGAAAAGACAAAUUUAAGUGCUUUCUUUGCGAUGAAAUAGGUUCUGGUAGUAGCUUUGAAGAGCAUGUGAUGCAACAUCUUCUGUGGAAACCAUACAAGUGCCUUUACUGUUCACAGUACUUUAUUACUCGGUCUGAUAUUGGAAGGCAUGUGUCAGAGAGUCAUGAUGGGAAGCAGCUUAGGUGUGGUUUGAGGGCAAUCAAGAAAGCUAAAGACUGUAUGCGGGAAGCCCAAAGGAAGGGAACAUGUGUUUAUUUUGCUGAUAAAUUGAAUGGUAUGUACUGGUCUUGUAAAAAGAAGAAAAUGGAGGAUGAUGCAACGUUGGAGAAUGAAAAGGCAGGAGAAGGAACCAGUGACAUGUCACCACAGGGGUCUGAGGAAUCUGGUCAGGGUGCAAAGCAGAUGGCAGGGAGUGGUGUUGAUCUACAUCAGGCAGUAGAAAGUAACCAGACUGACGUCAAUCAGAGAAGUAAUGAAAGUGUCCUGGACCAAAGAAAUGUCAUACAGCCUAGAUCGAGCGACUUUCAUGCAAUACAGAGCUCAUCAGACACUGCAAAGGUUAAUCAAGAAGAAAUGAGGAACAGUACACCUGAGGCUGUCCUUACACCGCAGUCAGUGAAACCAGUUGAAGAUUAUUCCAUAUCAGUUACAUCAAGUCUAGGAACAGUAUCAGCAACAGCUACAUCUGCAGUCUCAUCGACAGCAGUCCGUCCUGUAGCUACAGCCACAAUCACAGCACAAGGCCAAGCACCAAGUGAAGGACAAGCCCAAGUGAGUGUUCAACCUAUAACUGGUCCAGUUCCAAAUGUAUUUCCAAGUAUUAUGCCAGGAACAAUAUCUCCACAGAGUAGGAAUAUUCGGGUUGUACAGACUACAGGUUUAACCGUACCUCCAGUGCCAUUGUUUCUUAAUGCUGUUAGUGGUGGAGUCAUGACACCUGUUGUGUCAAAUCCUUCAAAUACACGAUUCUCCUCAGUAUUAACAUCUCCACCACAAAACUCAGUAGUGGGACAGCUAACACUGUCACCACCAAAGAUUAUGCCCCAGACGCAUAUUAUAACAUCUAACCCAAAUCAGAUUAUUAUUGGGAAUCAGGCCACUGUGCCAGUGAAUCAGCAACCAAACAUGCAGCCAAUUUUCAUACCAGUGUCACUGAACAACGUAAACAUGAAUGUAAACCCUAUGGGUGUGACCUCAGUUGCUGUCUGUCCCACAGUAUCGUCAACAGGAGAAAAUUCAAAAAGAGAAAUCAAACCUGUCAAAAGUAAAGGAAGCCCAGAUAAGAAUCCCAAACCUAAGGAUAAACAGCUGAAAUUCCAUGAUACAACUCAAACUUUUAUGAGUCCAAGUGCAAGUGCUAAUAUUGCAAUAUUACCAAAGCUUCCUGCACCUGUUUUGACGUCAUUUCUUGUUCCAUCACAGCAGACCCUAUCAGGCACUCCUCAGGUUUUGAAUCCAACUGCAGCCCCUGGAUUUAUUCCACAAAAUGUAUCAUUUGUCAAUCCCAACUGUCAGCUGCUUGUCUUUCAGAAAGCAGGAUAUGGAAAUUUAAUGGAGGUACCAUCAGUAAAUCAAAAAGCUCCCACCAAGACCCAAACCUUCAACAGUCCAAAUAAUCCGAAGCCAUCAGAAGUACAACAUACAGUUACCUCCAAGAAUAUCCCGGCAAGUGAAGGUCAGAAACACACUCUGGCAACAGAAAGCUUUCUGUAUAAGCCACAGUCUUUGGAACCAUCUAAGCAAGUAUGUGUACUGUUUACAGUAGGUUUGGUUAAUGGAACGUAUGCCUGUGCCAUGUGUCGGGGCAGAUUUAAGCACGAAGACAGCUUCCGAGCACAUCUGUGGAAUCACAUCCAUGAUGUUAAUUUGCCCUGCCCAGACUGUAAAAUGUGUAAUAUGAACGGAUUGAAGACUAUUACAUGUGCAAAAACAGAAGGCUACAUAGAUAAACUUAAGAAUGGCUUGGUAGGCAUGUCAGCAUAUCUGGAAAUCAAGGGGUAUAGAACUGUAUCAAAUGCUACUGAUUCUCAACAUUCAAACCCUCCAAAUGAGACAAAUACAGCACAGAAGAACCCAGUGGAUAAAUCAAAACUGAGUCCACCUAUAAUAGACAUUUCUUCAGAAGUAGUUUCAAGGGACCCAGUACAAAAAACAAUAACACUUGAAUCAAGACUGAAAGGAUCAGCUCCAACAGUCCAUGGAAGCGAAGUAAUUCCUAAAACUGUUGUGGAGGAACAGUCUGUUACUUUGGAAUCUGGGGAUCCUUCUAAUGCUGGUAAAGCCAGUUGUGCAGAGGAACCUUCAUUAAAGGAACUACACCCCAACAACGAAAAAUCCAAAGCAACACCAGAUCUGACCAGUAUCAAGGUUACAUCAGGAACCGUGUCCUCAGUGGAUGCUCAUAAUACAGAAGAACAUCUGACUUCAAGAACACCUAUUCAGGAUAGUGAUCAAAGAAGUAAAGAUGUUGCUAAACCAGUUUCAUCUGUUGAGGGAGGUCACACUUCUAGUGAUGCCAAGGAUUCACAAAGAUUGGUUAAAAGAUCAGAAACAGAUCUGAACAGUAACACACCAUCUCCUGUCAAAGCAGCGACAACAUGGACGUUUUAUGUUUGUGGAGCACAAUGUGGAUACUCUUCGUUAUAUCCCCAAGAAUUGAAGAAACAUGUUGGCGAAUGUAACCAGCCAGGUUCACUCUUGUGUUCCCAUUGUCAGUAUUCUAGUGAUGGUCCUGACAGCUUGCUACGUCAUCUAGUGAAGCAUUAUGUAGGUCAUGCUCCUGGGGUAGCUGUGCACACGUGUUCAGUCUCUGGCUGCAGAUUCACAACCAAUAUCUUGCAGGGCUAUUACCAGCAUUUGGCAACCUAUCAUACUGAUGUCAAGGAAUAUGAGUGUAACUACUGCAAGGAUCCAUUUUCUGAUCUUGUGUCUUUCAUGAAACAUCUGCAAGAAAACGUACUUCACAUAGUGAGUUGCAGAUAUUGCAAUGCUAGAGAUUGUGCCAAGACUGUGCUGGUCCGUCACAUCAUGGAAUCUCAUCCCGGAAAAAGCAGAAUGACAAACAUGUUGAAACACCUUGUGUGCAGGGACAGGAAAGAUAAUCGUUUAAAUGCCCUGUCAGUAUCUUCAGCAAGUUCUACAUCUCCACCACCAGUAUCUUCAGCAAGUUCUACAUCUCCACCACCAGUAUCUUCAGCAAGUUCUACAUCUCCACCACCAGUAUCUUCAGCAAGAUCUACAUCUGCACUACCAGUUGAUGCUUCAACAUCUGCUUCUGAUGGUGCUUCUGCAGUGUUGGGAGAUGAUGGUCCAGUAGAUCAAAACAUUGUCCUUGAGAUUGACAGAGCUGCUUCACCAGCAUCACCUGAAAAUACAGAUGCACACCUCUCCUGUAAUGAACCAGGUGAUCAAACCAGUUUGGGUGGUUCUCUAGAUACUUCUCUAGAUCCUGUUUUGGGAUGUCAUUUAUGCACAUACGUUGGUCUAAAUAGACAUGACUUGAACACUCACAUUGCUAAGCAUGAUAAGAAAGCCGACAAAGUGGCAUCAUCGUUUCCAUGCACAGAGUGCCCUGAGGUAUUUAGCUUUCUGUCAAAUUUUGAGAUACAUUUAAGAAAACACAGCAAGUUAUUGACCUACAAUCUCUAUGUAUGUUCAGUUUGCAAAUUUGAAAUGGGCAGCAAUGAUGAAAUGUUGAAUCAUAUGGCAAAUAUUCACAAGCUAACUGGUAAGGCACAACUGCAGUUUAGUCGUACUCUGAAAGUGUCCAAGACAGAAGUAUUGAACUGCUCCUCAUGCCCUUUCCAAUGUUUAGGCCAAGAUGUUCUUGAUAAACACAGGCAGAGGUGCCAUCUGUCUGGCACCAACAAGAUCCCAAAUCAGAUAUCGGAUGCGUCCACAAAUGAAGAUCCCUCUCCAGCAAGUAACAAAGGUGCUGAGGAUGGUGGAAAGCAUGUUGGCAACACCAACACAGAAAAAGUUAAGGGUAACCUUAAGAUGACGAUUCCCGACAGCAGUGUUUUCAUUAGUCCAGUCAGAUGCAUUGCAUGCAACCAUUCCUCAGUGUACAAAACCAAUAUUCAACGGCAUAUUGCUAAAGACCAUCCUGAAAUAGAGAUUGUCGUUGAGACUGGAAAAAUAGGAAGUCCUGUGAAAAAAGUCAUGACAGAUGCAGCUCCAAAGAAGGAGGAACAGAAUGAUACAAGACUCCAACUUGGGAGUCCGCUACUGGACACUGAACUUGAGUGGUUAUAUGAGUGUCAUGGAUCAUCCUAUCGCUGUAUGAUGUGCUUGAAGUAUUUAUACAAGAAGAAUUACCUUCAUGGCCACAUCCUGGACCAUUUAGACAUUUCUUUAUGGAAAUGUAAGGAGUGUGAUUUCAAGAGCUCUCGAAGGAACACUGUGAAGGAUCACAUGAUUGAUGUCCAUGACAAAAAGUGUCACACAGAAGAAAUCAUUCCAGUUGUGGAUGAAGUAAGGCCAAAGAUUUUCAAGGUUCUUGGGAAGCUCAUCCAGGAUGACCAGGUCGUCACUGACGUCAAGCCGUUUUUGGGUACAAAGGAAUUAGAUGACAAGCUGAAGAGCAAGUAUAAAGUUAUUGGAAAGAAGAAGAUCUGCAGAAGAUGUGAAACAGAACACCAGUCACUUUACUCUAUGCAUAGCCACAUAUUGAGGAGGCACUUUGGUCUGCAGCUGUUCAAAUGCUCUUACUGUGACUUUUCAGGGCUUGAAAGAUAUUCUGUGGCCAAACACUGCAAAGGAAAGCAUCCUGAGAAUGAAUUAACAGUUCGAUAUCUUCACAACAGUAUUAAAGAUCUCUUAUCAGAAGAGGGUAAAAAGGGACCUGAAAGAUCCCAUCUGAGUACCACAAAGUCAUCAAGCCCUGAUCAUUCGUCGUCCUACAAGAGACAAACAGAGUUGAGGGUUGGAAGUGACAUGCUGGAUCAGAAAUUACAGCCACUGUAUGACGUCAGAAUGGGAAGAACAAGGAAACUUAUUUGCAAAAGCUGCAAAGCUGAUUACCCAAGCAAAUACUCUCUUCAUUGUCAUCUUCUCAAACAUUUGAAGAUCAAUCUUGUUGCUUGCCCACAUUGUAAUUUUGAACUUUUGGAACAGAGCAAAAUGGGCGCACACAUCAAAGUAGUGCACCCAGGCAGUCAUGUCUAUUUCAAGUUCCUUGAUGUGGACAUCGAGUCUGCUGUGAAGGAAUAUAUGGACAAAAAGGAACGAAACAAAUCUGCAAAAGCUGUAAAGCCUAAGCUUUCUGACAUCCUUGCAAGGAGAAAGCCUACCAGUCCAAUCAAGCCUACCAGUCCAAUCAAGCCUGUAAGAAGUCCGGGGAAAAUUUCAAAGAAUGUGAUGCCUGUAACUGCAGGAGGUUUGAAAAGGUUCAAGUGUCGAUUGUGUGAUUAUAUGGCCUUGACAAAGAACAGCGUUGGCACACACGUUUUCAAAGUUCAUAACAACUCUGGAACGAAAACAACCACAGUCACAACAAAUUCUCCAAAAUCGUUAGUUCCUGAUUAUUUCACAUGCAAGUUUUGUAAAUUCAAGACACAUCUGCUGGAGUUAUUGAAAUCUCAUUACAAGCAUAAGCAUCCGCUGGAGACCAUGGAUGAACCAGAUGUAGUGCAAGAGAAUAACAUCGAAAGUGGAGAUGAAGGUGGUGAUGAUUUUGAUGAUGAUUUUACACCUGAUACUUUUCAAAAAUGGCCACUUCUACAUUCUGAGAAGGAAAAUUGUGAGGACGGUAACCAAAAUUCAGAAAGUGCUCAUUCUGAACCUGCAAAGGAGCAUGACCAAAAUGAAAGGGAGUCUUCUCUAAUGAGCAUGGAAGAAGCAAGAGUGGUUCUUGAAAAAGUUGAUGUUGGGGACAAAGUUGUCAGUGAUAUUUCAGAGAGAGUAAAGUUAAAAAAGCGAAAAGAAACAUGUCUAGAGGAAAAUGCAGAAGUACAACCUGCUAAAAAACCGAAGACACUAGAAUCAGAACCUAGACAUGUGUCUUACAAGUGUCCCAAGUGUAGCUUUGUGGAUUGCAGUAAGACCAAGGGAGUGCUACAUCUGAAAAUUGAGCAUAAUGUGAGUAAACUAAUGCAUUGUGCUUAUUGUUCAGCUCCUUACAUUACAGAAGACUCACUGAAAAGCCACAGCCGAUUUCUCCACAAAGGAAAGGAGAUUUUGUAUGAAGACAUUCCUCUGGAAAGUCUACUUCAAGAAGUUACAGGUUCCCAACCUUCUGAGGUGGCUCCUGGUAUUGAUGACAGUCACUCUUCAGGGAAGUCUUCUAAUGCUGCCCAGAAAAAGUCUGCACUUCCAGAAGGAUCUUCAGAGUCUGAUCAAGCUCCAAAUCCAACAAAGUCAUCGGAACCUCAAAAGGACGAAAUUUCUCCAGAAUUGAAAGAUUCAAAGAAAACUCAGCAUCGUGCUGAAGUAUCAAAUAUUUCUUCAAAGGACUCUUCUAAAGAUGUAUCUAGAGACUCUAAAACUGCCACAACAAAGUCAUCAAAACCUCUAAAGGACAAAAUUUCUCCAGAAGUAAAAGAUUCAAAGAAAGCUCAGCAUCGUCCUGAAGUAUCAAAUAUUUCUUCAAAGGACUCUUCUAAAGAUGUAUCUAGAGACUCUAAAACUGCCACAACAAAGUCAUCAAAACCUCUAAAGGACAAAAUUUCUCCAGAAUUGAAAGAUUCAAAGAAAACUCAGCAUCGUGCUGAAGCAUCAAAUAGUUCUUCAAAGGACUCUACUAAAGAUGUAUCUAGAGACUCUAAAACUGCCACAAACGAUAGUGAUCCUGAGGAGUCCAUGUAUGCAGCACUUGUGCCGAGCAGUCCCGAUAAUAGUGACCAUGAAGAGAGAGUAUAUUACAAAUAUGUGUGUGUUUACUGUGAUAUCUACAGGAAUAGGAAGUCUGACAUUAAGACACAUCUUGCCAAGCAUUGUGUGGAGAGACUUCAUGGGAAUAAAAUUCCUGAAGCUGAAGCUGCCAGACAAAAAAUCAAAAAGAAGGUACGGGAUAUUAUUCCCAUAUGUGUUGAGCGUGCCAACAAUAAAAAGAUCAAGAUUUCCUCACAGACUGAAACAAGCAAACCAGAUGCUUCCAGUACAGUAUCAGAGGCUGAAACUCCGAGACAAUCAACAGUACAACAAAAACGUGAAGUUAAUUAUGAGAACAAGGCUUCAAAGUGCAAAGGAGACAUUGAGUCCGAGUCCGAUUCUGAUUCCAUAAUUGUGAUGAAACCUGCUAAAAAGAAAAGACGAAGGAUAAAGCCUGUGAUCUCAUCGUCGGAUGAAGAUGAACCCAGCAGAGCAUGCAAAGAAAAGAAGGUGAAAACUACCUCUCAAUCCAUCAGAAUCUACUGCUGUCACCUCUGUCGGUACAAGGUGGGAUCCCUCUACAAGUUCCGCAGCCAUCUUGCUUCACAUGGCAGUUUCAAGCACCUCAACCCAGACAUGUCCCUGGGUCUGUUAUUGAAAUGUGGUUUCUGCGGAUAUCAGGCCGUGGACAAGGAGAGCUUCAGCCAACAUGUUGAGGAACAUCUGGAUGGACGAAUCUACAAGUGUGGCUACUGCAAGUACGACAGUUACCACUGCAAGAACAUGAGGUCCCACUUAAAGAACAAACAUCGACACAAGCCGGAGAAAAUUAUAGAUCUUCGAAUCUCCAUGAAUGAAAGAGCUCUUCGGCCUUCCGGAAAGCCCGAGUUAGUCAAUCUGGAUCCCACUGUGAUGGUGGCAGACGUCUUUAUGAUCAAGGAUUUUGCACGGCUGCUGAAAGAGCAGGGAGUGAGGACUGUGGACAUGGAUGAAGCCAUGAAGGAUGUGGUUUUAGGUGAACCAGGGCAGAUGAUUGAAGUGAUGGACGUGGAGAUAGCGGACUUCAGUGAUGAGGAGGACUCUAACAGUGAUGAUGAGUACAGGGUUGAUGAUGAUGCUGGAGGUAUAACAAUUUCUUCCGAAGGAUCAGAUGUCCCUCUUGGGGAUUUGGAGUUUGAUGAUGUUAGUGAUGAUGAUUUAUAUAAAAUGGCUCCUUCUCCAACAGAUUGAGAGUCGGACGUGUGGGAGUGGAGCUUGAGGAUCUUUUUGCUAAAGACCUGUUUGUGGCUCUAAACGACAAAGUGCAUUACCUUCCUCAAAACAAACUGUGCUACGGACUGAUAGUUUGAUAUUGUCAGUGUUUGGCUGGGAUAUUUACGAAAAUAUGUCAGUUUGUUCUCAAAGAUGUUUGAACAAGUAACAUUUCAUCAGCCUCACUCGCCAUGUCGCAUGCUGGGUGUUGCAGGUCCUGUAACAUUCCUGUAUCAGGAAACAUUUGUAUAUGUCGCAAACAGAAAUCCCAGCUCAGCAGCUUAUUUGUUGGUUUUCUGAGUUUAAUCAAAUAUUUUAAACAGGUGAGACGCCACUCAGUGUGAAGAACUGACAGACUUCAUUUCCAUUCAGCCAUAUAUCACUGUGGCUUCUAUAGCAUAAACCAUACUCACUCACUUACUUAUUCCAAGGCUUUAGAAGCCACAGUGACAAAGCAUGCAAAGUAUUUUAUCUCACCUCACACAUAAAUGUCGCUUUCUGAUUGGCUGAGAGCUCUUCUAUUAUUUUCAAUGUACCCUGCUGUCAAUGGCAACUCAUUUGGUACUUUGUGGUAG